AUGGUACUCGUCCCAUCCGCCGAACAGGGUAACGUGUCCGUGGUAGUCCGGGUGCGGCCCCAGACGUCGUGGGAGCAGGAGAGCCACCGCCCGAGUGUGGUGCAGGUGGUCAGCGACUGUCUGCUCGUGUUUGAUCCGGAGGAGCCCGGUCUGCCAGGGGUCUUGGCAAGCCUCCAAGGGCAUGACUCUGCUCCGAGACGGAAAGGCAAGGAUCUGAAGUUCGUUUUUGACCGAGUGUUCAGCGAGAGCGCCACUCAGGCCGAUGUUUUCGAGAGCACAACCAAAGAGAUGCUGGAUGGUGUCUUGAAUGGCUACAAUUGUUCUGUGUUUGCCUACGGUGCCACAGGGGCUGGGAAGACGCACACCAUGCUGGGCUCUGAGAAAGAUCCAGGCAUCAUGUACCUCACCAUGGCGGAGCUGUACAAGAAGAUCGAGGCCACGAAAGAGGAGAAGCAUUGCGAAGUGCUCAUCUCCUACCAAGAGGUGUACAACGAGCAGAUCCAUGAUUUGCUGGAACCCAAGGGCCCUCUGGCUGUCCGGGAAGACCCGGAGAAAGGGGUGGUGGUUCCGGGCCUCUCUUUUCAUCAGCCCAAAACUGCAGAGCAGCUGCUACAAAUGUUGGCGCGAGGGAAUCAAAACCGCACGCAGCAUCCCACGGACAUCAAUGCCACUUCUUCCCGCUCCCACGCCAUCUUCCAGAUCUACGUGAAGCAGCGUGACAGUGCGGUGGGCAUCACCCGGGACCUGCGAGUGGCCAAGAUGAGCCUGAUAGACUUGGCAGGCUCAGAACGGGCCUCUGUCGCCAACACCAAAGGGGAGCGGCUGCGUGAGGGGGCCAACAUCAACCGCUCUCUUCUGGCCCUCAUCAACGUCCUCAGUGCCCUGGCAGAUGCAAAGAGCAAAAAACCUCACAUACCCUACCGGGACAGCAAGCUGACGCGCCUCCUGAAGGACUCCAUCGGCGGCAACUGCCGGACCGUCAUGAUCGCUGCCGUGAGCCCAUCCAUGGUUUCCUACGAGGACACGUACAACACUCUCAAAUACGCCAACCGGGCCAAAGAGAUCAAACUCUUAUUGAAAAGCAACGUUCUAACGUUGGACUGCCAUAUCAGCCAAUACACGACCGUUUGUGAGCAGCUGAAAGCAGAGGUAGCCGAGCUGCGAGGGAGGCUCCGGGCUUAUGAGGAAAAGGGCUCUCCGAGGAACCCUCACGGACUGGCUCCUUCUAGCCCCAAGCUGACAGAGCUUCUCAGGGGAAAGGAAGCUGGCCUGCUUCAUGAGGGCGAUCGAGAGACACAGGCAGAUUCAGAACAGGCCAAACUGGGCAGUGACCCCUCUUGUUGGGAGGAAGGAGCCUGGAGCAGGUAUUCAGAAGAGAAACCCGAUUGCUCCGGCAUGGAACCCUCAACGGCAGUUAAACAACAGGAAAGUGUGGCCGUUGGGCAGCAGGGAAUUGUGGGAACUUCGCUGGACAGACUAGUGACAGCCAUCCUAAGCAUUGCGCGAAAGCAGUACUCAGUGCUGAAAGGUGCCAACCUGCUCACUCCGGAUAUGAUCACUGAGUUUGAAGAGCUGGACCGCUUGGUACCCCAACAAUUCCGGGAGCUGCCAAAGGCUCCCACUGCACAGAAGCAACAAGAAGAGCCCCGCGUGGUUCCCGAGAUUGCCCAGCCUCCGGAAGCGCCACAGCUUGUCAAUCAUGCUGAGCAGCCUGGUCCAGGAUCUCCACCCGCUCCCCCAGAGAUCCUGCCAGCCCCAAGCGAUGUGUUCAAGACCCCUUGCCUCCCGACAAAGAGGAGGAGGAAGUCGGCAGGAAGCACGACACCUCCUGAAAGGAACAGCCCGUCUGCCCAGAAGGGGCGGGCCAAGCGUCGUCGGAAAGCGAGCAUCCCUCCGCAGCGAGCGAACUCCCCAAAGGAAUGGGCCGUCCUUGGAGGAACAGACUGCACCAGCACCCCCCUUGCUGAGCGAGCACCAUCGGGCUCAACUAGGCUGCAUGCCCCGCGGCCUUGCCCUUCAACCGUCACCAAGGGCCGGGUGCCUUUGGCCCCCUCGGCCGCUCAGAAUUGCUCCACACCACUCCCCCCACGAAACCUGAAUGCAACUUUUGACCUUAGCGAGAAUCCCUCUCCGGCGAGCGCUCCAGAAUUCCCCGCUUGGGAGAUCAUCCAGCAGUUCCCCAAUCUCCAGGGAGCGCCUCUUCUGCCCAGGGCCUCCGUGCCGGUGUUCACCAUGAAGGGCUCCUCCAUUCCGAGAGCGUCUUCCUUGGCCUCCAGAGCAUCCAUUCAGAAGAGGAGGCGUGCUGCAGGUUCUGCUCCCCACGCACUGGGUGCUCCACGAAGCCGCAUUGCCAGGCUACAGGGCAGAUCUGCCAAGGUGUCCCAGACCGUGAAUGCACCAGGACAUCCCUCUUCGAGCCUCACGUGGAAAUGGCGCUAGAAGGGUUCUGAGGUUCCAGGGGUUCAGCACCACCUCCUGUUUUGUCUCAGGCCUGGAAGCGGAUUGACCGAUGACUUCUUUCAAAGUUUGGGCACAUCGACAUCCUCCUCCUCUGUUGUCUUAUAGUAUUUUCCUCCCCGCCUCUCUCUGCAAAAACAGAUGCCUCCAUGCUUCAUUUUCUGACCCCGGCUGCUCUUGUAAACCUGGCCUUGCGUGCUUUGAAUUAAUUGUUGGAAGCGGAACAGCAACGCAUCUUUUUAAAUAAAGUCUUUGGGAACAAGAA